UAUAGACUCUCCACAGACGCGGACGGGCGCACACAUAGACAAACACACCCCUUUAAAAAUCACACGCACACGGGGUCCCUCUCUGAGCUCUAAAAGACGGAGGAAAAAAUGCGCCACUCUUGGAGCGUCUUUCAAGGGGGAAAAAGUUGAGGAAGACAGAAGAGGACGAACCAAGGGGAGACACGGAUGAAAAACGCCUCCCUGCGUUAUUUCUCCUCGCACUGUAAAUAGAUGGUUAUUUACGCGCGUAAAAAAGACGCACUUCUUUAAAAAAAAAAAAAAAAAAAAAACGCUCAAAAGUAGCUCUGCGUGUCUUUUGGGAUAACAGAGCGUGGACUCACAUCCAUGCAACGCUCACAUAUCCGGGCUGAAACUUAGACUUCACCGGUUCUGGACCUUGAACUUACUUGAUUUUAUUUUGUUGUUGUUUUUUUUUUUAAUUAAACGCAACUACCAGUGUCCGACAGAGUCUGAACGGUGGGAUUUAUCUGUUCACUGCGACCAAGAAGCGGCUGGGAAAAUCAAACCCCACCGGUGUCUCCAACUGAAGCGGUUUCCUAAACAGUGAUAAUGGACUCCCACUGCCGCAAACUCGCCACCACCUGCGCACAAAUAGAAAAAGAGAAGAGCCAAAAUAAAAACGACGACUCUUCAGAUGACCCCUCUAAAAAGAAACGGCAGCGGCGGCAGAGGACUCACUUCACCAGCCAGCAGCUGCAGGAACUGGAGGCCACUUUCCAGCGGAAUCGCUAUCCGGACAUGAGCACAAGGGAGGAGAUAGCCGUGUGGACCAAUCUCACAGAGGCCCGGGUCAGGGUCUGGUUUAAGAACCGGCGAGCCAAGUGGAGGAAACGGGAAAGGAACCAACAAGCCGAGCUCUGCAAAAACGGCUUCGGCCCGCAAUUCAACGGACUCAUGCAGCCCUACGACGACAUGUACCCCAGCUACACGUACAACAACUGGGCUGCAAAGGGCCUCACAUCAGCCUCUUUAUCCACCAAAAGCUUCCCUUUCUUCAACUCCAUGAAUGUCAACCCCUUGUCCUCGCAGACCAUGUUCUCUCCGCCCAACUCCAUAUCCUCCAUGACUUCCAGCAUGGUGCCAUCGGCGGUGACCGGUGUGCCGGGCUCCAGCCUCAACAGCCUCAAUAACUUGAACAACCUCAGUAACCCGUCUCUCAACUCGGGGGUGCCCACACCGACCUGCCCUUACGCGCCUCCUACCCCUCCUUAUGUGUAUAGGGACACUUGUAACUCCAGUCUGGCCAGCCUGAGACUGAAAGCCAAGCAGCACUCGAGUUUUGGAUACGCCAGUGUGCAGAAUCCAGCCACUAAUCUGAGCGCUUGCCAAUACGCGGUGGACAGACCAGUCUAAUACCUACCUGCACUGCAAAAAAUAACCACCUUAGCAAGUCAUUAGAGGCUAGGAGUGACGCUUAAAUUGCUAUUGGUCUAUCAAGGGAAGUGAGGAAAUCUGCCAAAAGGGCGGUGAGAUAAUUUCACCCUUUUCCAAACUUGUUUUUAGGAAAUUUCCUGAUCAGCUUCACCUUUUUUUUUUUUUUUUUUUUUUGGGAGGUUGAUUUCCAGCAUUCUGCCUUUUUCUCCUCAAGAUACAGCGGCUAUUCACUGAAAAUUCUAAAGUAUAUAUAUAUAUUUAAAAAAAAACAACAACAAAGAAGAAUGUCUCAUCAUCCCCAUCACGUCCAGCUGGAGCAUUUUUAUUUGCUUUAUUUGGGUGGAAAAUGGGGGAAAAAAAAUUUUUUUGGUAAAAGCUUAAAUGACUUGUUACUAUGGUCAUUUUUUGCAGUGUGUGGUUAAUGACAAACAGCCGGCCACAGGAACAAGAGACUACUACAACUACUUUUUCAUUUUUCAUAAAGGGCACUAGAAGACUGAACCACUGAAACAAGCUUCAACUCCUCGUCGGAGUCAAACAAAAAUGGGAAUUUUUCGGUUUAUUCCCCUUUGAUGAGAACAGGCCUGUUUCACACUGUGACACAGUAAACGCAGCAGGCCGGGUUCUUUUUUUUUUUAAUUUUUUUCAUUGCUCGUCAUGAGGGUUUUUUCUUUUCUUUUUUUUUUUCUUUUUUUUUUUCUGGUGGAUUUUGGACGUUAACUAUUGACUGAAAGGUUGUAUAUAUUUGACUUAUCAUCUCCUGUUGUUUGAGGCGAAUGCGCUAUAACCCUCCAGUCUUCUCCAGGUUCAAUUUAUCAACGCAUGUGGAAAAAAAAAAACCCUAAAAAGGAAUCAUGUUUUGCUUGCAAACAAAAGGGAAUGUACAUACUAAAACGCACCAGUUGUGUGUUUCUAACAUAUUAUAAAUUUAUUAUUAAUGUCUGUGUGAAUAUCGAUUUAGACUAGCAAUUCUGGAUUUAAAAAAAAAAAAAAAAGAAAGCAUCAAAAUGUUCCUGCGACAGAUUAUUUGGUUUUUU